CAUCCCUUGCUUUUGGAGUCCGUGCGGCCGAGGUGGUGCCUCCGCACCGUAAUCAUUUUUCUCGCUGUAACCCUGUCCUCCUGCUUCUCCAGGCCUUCGGAAACUGAGCUGCUGUCACCGUGCUGGGGCCAGAGCUUGCUUGCUUUUUGGAGUGAGACCGUAUAUCAGGGCUGCGUUGGAUGGUUAACAGGAAAGGCCAAACGCUAAUUCAUGCAUCGCUCAGCUUGCUUUUAAUGUGAGUCUCCGCUUUAAGCCUUUGACCUUUCCAGGAGCUGGUGGUGGGGUCAUUCCAGCUCUGAUGUUUGCAUAUGCAGAAGACCAAUAUGUUUUUCCUGAUUCUCAAACGAUCUCCAUAACUCUUUCCUUCAUGUGCUACAUAUGCAUAGCCUUCUAGGAGCCCCAGGCCACGCUGCAUUUGGCCAGGCGUCUGUGAAUUAUUUUUCAGUGGGAUGCAGCAGUAACAAAAAAGACCUUUUUCAUUUUUUCCAUACGGCAGGGGAACUUACAAGACCUGAAACAAGCUCCUGUCAAACUGGAACUCCAGUGACUGUGCAAGGGAAUGCACGGUCUUACCCUUACUGCUGGGUUAAGCCCUUAGAGUGUUUUAUAUGGAUCGGGCACAGGAGUCUUUUUCUGAAGCCUGACUGAGUAACUUUGUUCUGUCUGGCUAGGGAAUUUUUAGAGUUUUAUUUUUUAAUCUGAACAGUGGUGAUUAUCUGAUAGGAAAGCAGUAAACAAACAUCGCUGGGUUUACUGUGCUUAUUCUGGGCACAGUGUAGCACAAUAUUUUGCAAUUGGGAGUGUUGUGAAACUGGUUUUCAGUUGGUUGGGAAAUACAUGUGACUGCGAAGCUGAAUCUGCCAGGAAACUGCCUGGUUAGUUCUCUCAUUUCCUUGGGUACAUGGAAAAGAAUGACCCACCCAAACCCUUCCCAUUCCACAGUAGGUACCCGCUCUUCAGCUGCGGUCUCUACACCAUCGCAGUAACUGCAGCCUGCUAAGGUGCAGCGGGCAGUAUGUCAAACUUCUCUAGGUUCCUGGAUUAAAGGUUGCUCAAGCAAAUGUAAAUAUUACUUUAUUGCACUGAAAAACUUUGUCAUCUGCAUUAUAGCCCCGUAGUGGGGGAAGGAAAACCAAACCUCUUCUUAAAAUGGUAAUUAUUUAUACUGCACGCAAAAUCUUAGGAGCCACACUUCUGCCCCUCUGCAAUUGCCAGCACUAUUUGCUGGAUUCCUUAAGUGGGUAUGUGGAGCUUAAACAGCACAGCAAGAAGGGAGGGACGGGAGGCAGUCACAACAGAAGGCUAGGGAGACAUGAUACGAGUUAGAUUUACGGACUACAAUAUGCCUUGUUGAAGGUCUCCAGAGAAGAGCAAUGGAUACUGGACCAUCUCUUGAGGGAGCGAUGUGCCCUGUGGGGAGCAGCGAGGCUGUCCCCUUGCGCAACGGCAGAGCAGACUGGGCUGCAGUUGUGGUUGGCUAAGUGAUGCUCAGCUCUGGUGUGAGUUCCAUGCAGGAAAGAGGGAAGGAAAAGCCAAGGAGUCUCCAUGCAAACCGACCUUUGAGAGGGAAGCCCUGGUGCCCAGAAGGCACAGCAGCAUCGCACAAGUGUUGUCCUGCUAUCCUUGGGGCGCUCGCUAAAACUGUCCCCUUCUCACUGCAUCAGGGUUGUAGUCUUGGGAAACCCUUUCUUCUGAGGGUUGGAGUGGGGGACUGCUCCCGGGGAGGCUCACUAGGGUCAGUCUUCAGCAUGGAUCUGAGCUCACAUGCAAAGCAGACGAAUUAGUCAGGAAGACACUCCGGGAGCAGGAGUUGCCACAUAUGCCUGCAUUUUGCCUGCUCACAAACGGCAGCCGAAAGGUUUAGCACAGCCAAUGUGUAUGGGCUGAGAGCUGGGAUGUGCUGGGAUGUUGCUGGCACAGGCACGUUCAUUUUUUCUCUGCUGUAAUUGGGUCUUUCCUCCCAUUUACCAGAAAGGGAACGACCUGCCUUAUCUUACUUGCUUACCUGACCAUUGAUCAGAGAGUCUGCCGUACACUCAGUCACAGGAAAAGAGGGAUCUGCGCUCUGGAGGGGCUGCGAAGAAGACGAGUUUCCAGCUACUUUUGCCACUGCGUUCUCUGUAAAGCUCCUGUAUUACUCGGCUGACUUUGAUCCUGCGUUGAUUUAGUGAUGGAAUAGUGACUUUUCUGGGAGCUUUCCAGGGGGAGAACCAGUGAAGAGCUAGGACAACGUCAGUGUUUCAUCCCUUGCCAUUCAAGGGGAGCAAGGACCAGGCCUUCUGCUCCAGGCUAGGAAAAGCAAUCCUGAUGUUCCCGGGUCUACCUUUUCUCUCCCAGGAUGCUGAGAAGAGUCCUGUGUACAGUGUUGUUCAUGGGAGCCUUGCCAUCACUGGCUGAAGUGUCCCAGGGCCACAUUUCAGUGGUCUUGCUGGGAGCCACAGGUGAUUUGGCCAAGAAGUAUUUGUGGCAGGGUCUAUUCCAACUCUACAUGGACCAAGUGAGCAGUGGCCACAGCUUCACUUUCCAUGGGGCUGCACUGACAGCUCUGGAGCCAGGGCAGAGGCUGAUGUUUGAUGUGCUGAAGAAGCUGGCCUGUCCCCCAGAUGAAUCUCCCAACAGGUGUGCUGUGCUCAAGGACCAAUUCCUGAAGCUGAGCCAGUACCACCAGCUGAAGACUGCUGAAAACUACACUGUGCUGAACAGAGAGAUUGAAACCCUGCUUCGCCAGGAGGGGCUGAAGGAGGCUGGAAGGAUCUUCUACUUCUCCGUACCACCAUUUGCCUACACAGAGAUUGCCCGCCACAUCAACAGCAGCUGCAGACCGCCUCCAGGAGCCUGGCUGCGUGUGGUGCUGGAGAAACCUUUUGGCCAUGACCUGGAGUCAGCCCAGCAGCUGGCUGCAGACCUGACAAGCUUCUUCAGAGAAGAGGAGAUGUACCGGGUGGACCACUACCUUGGCAAACAGGCUGUAGCCCAUAUCCUGCCUUUUCGAGAUCAGAACCGACAGUUUCUGGAUCCAAUUUGGAACAGACAUCACGUGGAAAGAGUGGAGAUUGUCUUGAAAGAGACGGUGGAUGCUAAAGGCCGCACCAGCUUCUACGAGCAGUAUGGAGUCAUCCGGGAUGUGCUGCAGAACCACCUCACGGAGGCCCUGAUGUUCCUGACCAUGGAGCUUCCAGCCAACGUGAGCAGGGCUGAAGAGGUGUUGCAGUGCAAGCUGCAGGCCUUCCAGUCCUUGCGGGGUCUGAACAAAAACAGUGCCGUGUUGGGUCAGUAUCAGGCAUACGCCGGCCAGGUACAGGAGGAACUGCAGAAGGCGCAGGACUACAUCAGCACGACACCAACCUUUGCAGGUGUGCUGAUUCACAGCGACAGCCUGCGUUGGGAAGGGGUCCCUUUUCUCCUCACUUCUGGGAAAGCUCUGGAUGAGCGGGUAGGUUAUGUCCGUGUUCUCUUCAAGAACCGGGCCUACUGCACUCAGAGUGAGACUCUGAGGGACGCUGAGCACAGCCAAUGUAAAGCCAAGCAGAUCGUCUUCUACAUUGGGCACGGCGCCCUCAACACCCCUGCAGUGCUUGUAAGCAGGAACCUUUUCAGGCCUGUCAUGCCAGAAGGCAGUUGGAGAGAAGCAGUGGGUCAGUCGGACCUGCACAUUUUUGGACAACCAUUGUCUGACUACUACGUGUACAGCCCUGUGAAAGAGAGAGAUGCGUAUUCUGUCCUCAUCUCCAACAUCUACCAUGGCAGGAAGGACUUCUUCAUUACCACCGAGAACCUGCUGGCCUCCUGGGCAUUCUGGACACCGCUGCUGGAUAGCAUUUCCCACCAGCCCCUCCGCCUCUACCCGGGGGGUGUGGAGAACCAGCACCUCUUAGACUUUGAAAUGGAGAGUGGGGAAGUGGCAUUCACACUGGCAGAGGCAGUGGAACUGCUGAACCCCAACAGGCUGACGCCAAGUGAUUACAGGACAAUCCAGUCCAAAUUUCGGCAAAGUCCCCUGGUCUCAGCGUGGUCUGAGGACCUGAUUUCCCAGCUGGCUUCUGACAUUGAGAAGACAGCGAGCAGGACUGUGGCACGCUCCGGGCAGUUCCAUCUGGCACUGUCGGGUGGCUCAAGCCCGGUGGUCCUAUUCCAGCGGCUGGCAAGACACCAUUAUGCCUUCCCGUGGAAGCACACCCACAUCUGGCUGGUAGAUGAACGCUGCGUCCCUCUCACCGACACCGAGUCCAACUUCUUCAGCUUGCACAACCACCUCCUCCAGAGUGUCAGGGUGCCCUACUUCAAUGUCCACCCCAUGCCUGUGCACCUGAACCAGCGGCUCUGUGUGGAAGAGGACAGAGGCACGGAGCUGUACGCCAAGGAGAUCGUGGCCCUGGUGGCCAAUGCCAGCUUUGACCUGGUGCUGCUGGGGGUGGGCACCGAUGGGCACACUGCCUCGCUCUUCCCGAAGUCUGAAAAUGGCUUGGAAGGGGCUCAGACCGUGGUGCUGACUGAAAGCCCCGUCAAACCUCACCAAAGGAUGAGCCUUAGCCUACCCCUCAUCAACAAGGCCAGGCAGGUGUUUGUCCUGGUUUUGGGGAAGGGGAAGCACGACAUCACCAUCCUGCUCAGCAGGGUGGGCCAUGAGCCAAAGAAAUGGCCAAUCUCAGGUGUCAGCCCCAGCUCUGGCCAGCUGGUGUGGUAUGUGGAUUACGAAGCCCUGCUUGGGUGAUGCCUUCACAGUGUCCCUCCUCCCUUGUCUGCGUGGCCCUUACAGCCUGGAUUUUCCUACACAAUGUCCAUGUUUUUCUGUUGCCAGCAGCAGCUUCAUCUCUGACAGACUCCUCUAACCUUCUGGGAAAUCCGUGGCCUGCAGUGCCUCUGACAUUUGAGCCCGGAAAGCAGCUCGGCUCAGUGUUCAGAGCUAAGUAGGAGCCAAGAGCCCGCUGCAGCAUUUCUGGCUCUGCUAGGGAUUCUGACUGUGACUUUGGACAAAUUACCUCACCUUGAAGUGCCUCAGUUUUCCCUGUCAGGCCUUUGUGGUUAUUAGCGUUUAACUACCUCGCAGGCACUACGGGGGACUUGUUAAAUUAAGUACCUGCCAAUUUUUUUUCCUUUUUUUUUUUUAUAAUUCUCAGGCUAAAAGACAGUAAUAACAUGUUCAUCCUCUGCCCUGCUCAGUCUGGCUGGGACAGAGUCGUCGUCUCGGUAAAGUGAUGGUUCUGUGCACAUGGGUGUGUAAUCUUGUAUGUGCAGCCCAUCUUGGGGUCAGCCAGCCACUGACUAUGGCUGUGCUCUCCUGGAAGCACGGACACCCAUUAGCUUUUGUGGCAUGUGGCCCCUAAAUUCUGACACUGAUUUGUGAGCUCGCUGCAGUCCUGAGUCUUUGCAAAUUGCCCAGCAGCAGAGGCUGAGUUUAUAAGCAGUCAUUUGCUGCUUUCAUUAAGUGGAUAGCUGAUGCCAUGGGGGGUGGAGAAGGAAGACACAUUGCUUUUUAGGCUGUGGGGAUAAUGGGGACAGGGUGAGGAAUAUGGCAGUUCACAGAGCUGUUAUUUGCCUGCAGUGCAAUAAUUAUUGAGGGAAAAGCUUGGUGUUUAGAGGUGGUGUUUGGGUUUAGCUAGCAAAGAAAUGUCUUCUUUAACCGUCUUUCUGUGUCUUAUUCUCUGAAAUGAACUUUUCUCUGUCCUCAGAAUUGAAGCUUGCAGUGUCAUUCAGUGGCUUAUAAAAUUUCUACAGGAGGCGGCUUUAUAAACUGUCAACGUAUCCAUCAUUAGAGCACACAUUAAGGUAGUUACAGUGUUUGCGGAUGGUGGUGGGGUGUUUGAACUCAAGGACGCUGACUUCUAAGGGGAGGUAAUUUUUUCUGUGCAUAUCUCUUGGGCGCACAAAAAUAGCAAAUUGCAUCUCUGUGUUGACAGGACAACGUUAAGUGGUUAUAGAAAUGUAUAGUGCCGUUGCUUACAGGAAGGGUUGGAGACAUCUAGUCCUACCUAGAGACCCCGCUCUACCCUUCCUGAUUUUCACCUUCCCAGAAUGCUGCCAUGCACAAUGGGUAUCUCUCUGCUUUCACGAUAUCCCCGAAUGCUCCGUCAUCUUCUCUAAUGGGUAAUUUGCCACAGCACACCGGAGUGCAGCUUUUGGUAAGGGAAUCACGAUGGCACGAGAUGGAAGAAUCUGAGCUGAUGGUCCCUGUGGAGGCUAGAGACAAACCCACUCACCCGGGGCGGCACCAGGAUGGGACAGACCCACUGCAGGAAGGUGGAACACGGACAAGGUACUGGCUGCCAGCAGGCAGGAUUCUGCGUAGGAGCGGAGGCCGCUUUCAAGGGGAUUUCUCUCUUCUUCCUGUGAAUGCUGGCCCUGUUUCUGCAGAGAAGUAGCUGUGUGGGGGUGACCGGGUGGAGAUGGUGGGGUCUGAGGUGACCCAGGGACCGAGGGCUCAGCAGGGGCCCCGAUGCUGACAGGAGAUGGCGCCCGGACCCCGAGAAGCAGCAGUAAGUUGUGUGCUGUUCUUUCAGCAGGGCUGGUCUGAGGCUGUGCCAGGCUUGGCCACCCUUCCCAGCCCUGGAGCCUCACAAGGGAAAAAUAAGAUCCUCAGGAGUUGGACCUGGGAGUCUGGUGACCCCUUAGAGACCCGAAAGUCUGCAGUAUAGGGAAGGAAAGGGACUUUGCUUUAGAAAGCUGGGCGAUAGGCAUUGGCUUCACAUCCUUCCAUGCACAGAGAUCUGCUGAAUCCUAGCGAUGAAGAUGCAAAUCCAGGUACAAAUAGGUGCUACAGUCCGAUAGCACAUGAAGCAAGGUGGGCAGGUCUGUACAGCCUGUGCUCCCAGGUUCCCGAGUUCUCGCCUUUCAGCAUAAUGCUUAUACUAAUGCAGAAAUCAGAAUUGUUGUCCUCUGCUAAUGGCACGGAUAAAAGUGCACUGAGCAAGCUCUAGAGAGCCUGUUACUCGUCAGCAGUCCCUAGGCAAACAGAGCCAGAGAGAACAUAACCUGGCAGAAGCUAUGUGCAGUAGGAAAAGGCCAAAUUCUCAGGGACUGGCUGUGAUUUCUGGCCGACACCCUCCCCCACCUUGCAGAUGGUCCAGAAAAGCUGCAUUUUACAUACUGUAUUUGACUCAGCUGAGCUGAGUUGCACUGAUGCGCAUCACUUUGCUUUUGCAUGGGAAAGGAGGAGAGUUGUGGUGGUGUAGCUUUCUCAAAAGCUCAAAUGCAGAAGAGACACAAGUGUCUUGACUGGUCCGGUUUGACAACAAGGAUGGCUGGUUAUCCAUCUUUUGUGGGUGUUUGUGAGUAAGUUUGCUUCUGCCUGUUUCAUGGUUACAGGCAGGCUUAACUACCGGCACAAACAGCCAAGGGUGAAAAUAAAUCACAGGGGAAGAGAGUGGCAUAGAAAAGUGGGAGGAAGGUGAGCACUGCAGGUUCCUUGCUGCAGGACUUGCUUGUCAAGUGGAUAUGCUGACAGUGGAGUCUGGAAUAAAAGCAUACUCCUAGGAGUUAACUGGAAUAACUCUUCUGGAAUAACUCUUUUCGUAGAUGAGUGCUAGCAAACACUGGCUCCAAAAUAUACCACAGUGGCUGAAACAGCUGUGCAGAGGAAGAUGUUUUAGGUCUGGUAUGUCCAUAAAUUCAAACAUCAUUUUUCGUUUUUAAACAAAAAUAGCCAUGUUCACUUCAUUCCAGUUCUUUUGUGUUUGGUGUGAGGGAACAAGUUUUAAUGGAAAAUUGACCUAUGUGAGAAUAAAUAUGUUGUUAUGAAUGACACAAUUUAUUGCUACUUUACAGAUUACUGCAGUAUUGGUGUUUUCUAGUUUCUGCACACUUUCUUGUUAGUAUUUGGCUGGUACCUUUUGAAAUAAACACUGGUUUUAGAGAGGUUUAUUUGCACUUUUAAAUAAGCAUGUGUUUUUUUUCCAGAGAGCCACUGUUCUUUUGCAGCUGAAAAUAGGGCUCAUAUGUGAAGUUUCUAAUGGGUCACCCCAAAAUUCAUCCUAGAUUUUAUUAAAAUCCAGUAAAAGCUUACACAUGUUUUCCUUGGUGAAUGUAGGUGUCUGGGUUGUUUGGCUGGUUUUUUUUUUAGAACUGGUUUGGUUUUUUUUACACAGACAGUUCCUACUAAACUCUUUAAUACUUAGCAUUUGCCAAAUGGAAAACAAAUAUUUUUAAAUGUAUAAAAUUUGUGACUGGCAGGAGAGAGACUGUGGAUGGGAAGAAGGGUUAAAUGAGCAACAAAUCUGAUGAUGAAGAAUGGUAGAAAUCCACUGGGCUAUAGGCCAAGGAAGCAGUGCUAUUUUUAUUUUGUGAAAGCUAUUAAUAGGAGGUGUGCAUCUUCUUGAGAGCUUGUGUUAACCUUUCUUUGCAAAAGCAACUCCAUGGAGUAACUUCCUAUAGUCUGUUUCUCCCGGUAGUGAUUAUUGAUACCAAUUUUAUUACUUUUGUAAAUGGCAAGUGCAUUCCUAGAAUUCAAUGGUGUGAUUAUUUAUAUGUUUUGCAGAAAACUAACACUGGAAGUAAUUCAUUUUUCACUUCAACUUUUAUAAAUCAAGUUGUAAAAACUUAUUUUCCCACGAGUAAAGUUUUGUGAUUCAUUUCAUGUUGUGUAACGAAUAGAGAAUUAUAUUUAUAAAAAAUAAAUAGUUUUUAACAAAA